UCACUGCCUUUUCCUGGCUGCUCCGGCAAGAGGACCGAGGAGGGCUGAGCGCUACAUCUGCCCGCCCUGCGCCGCCUGACACGCCGCUGACUUUUACCGAUAGUCGCGCUGAUAAUCUGUCUCUGCGCGGCAGACACACAUAUACACACACACCGACACACUGAGCCGUAAUCUGGAGAAGCCCCGCAGCAGCUCGCCGAUGGAGCGGUGGAAAGGCAGAGUGGCGCUGGUGACAGGAGCUUCUGUCGGCAUCGGAGCGGCUGUGGCUCGGGCUCUGGUCCAGCAGGGCAUGAAGGUGGUGGGAUGCGCCCGGAAUGUGGACAAAAUAGAGAAGUUAGCAGCAGAGUGUCAGAGUGCGGGUUACAGUGGGACUCUGAUCCCGUAUAAGUGUGAUCUGUCUAACGAGGAGGAGAUUCUCUCCAUGUUCUCGGCCAUCAAGACCCUGCACCAGGGCGUGGACGUGUGCAUCAAUAACGCCGGCCUGGCUCACAACGAACCGCUGCUGAGCGGCCGCACCGACGGAUGGAGGAACAUGAUCGACGUGAAUGUGCUCGCCCUGGCCAUCUGCACACGUGAGGCCUACCAGUCUAUGAAGGAGAGAAACGUGGACGAUGGACACAUCAUCAACAUCAACAGUAUGGGGGGACACAGGAUGGUGGCGAGCGCUGACGAGCACUUCUACUGUGCCACCAAAUACGCUGUGACGGCCCUCACAGAGGGGCUCCGACAGGAGCUGCGGGAGGCUAAAACACACAUCCGCGCCACAUGUAUAUCUCCCGGAAUAGUGGAGACUGAGUUCGCCUUCAGACAUCACAAUAACGACCCAGAGAAGGCGGCAGCCGUUUAUGAAAGUAUAAAGUGUUUGAAAGCUGAAGAUAUAGCCAGCGCGGUCAGAUACGUUCUCAGCGCCCCUCCGCAUGUUCAGAUCGGAGACGUGCAGCUGCGGCCAGUGGAACAGGUGUCUUAGCAACGGAGCGGGCAGCGACGUGUCGGAGGAGUGGACAGAGCCAGUGGCGACGGUGUCUCUCUGGCAGCACCUGCUGGACAAAACAUGUAUAACACCUAGUUUUAAAACAAAACAAUGGAAUUGAAGGGAAUUUGGGUUUGCUGUGUGGACGGGACGAGGGUGGAGGAAAAAGUAACAAAUCUGAAAAUCCGAAGCCGUGCAAGAGCGGUCCAUUUUCUCCCUCAGACCUAGAGGAGAGCGAGA